CUUUUGACCGCUACUUAUACGAUGCAUAAUAUGGCUGACUGGAACAGGAUUAACCGAUUCAGUGAAAUUGUUCGAUAUUUUGUGUUUAAAAAGAAUUAAGAUUAAAGGAGGUUAUAUAUUCCCAGUUGUGAAUUGGAGACUGAGAAAUGGGUUCGAAUAAACGGCACAAAACUGAGAAGAGUCGGGACGCGAAGAAGAAGCGUCACCGUAGCCGAUCACGAAGUUACACGCCUGAACGCGAGAAAUCGGAAAAGCACAGGCAUCACAAAAAGCAUAGGAGGAAAGAGCGGAAGGAUUAUGAUAGCGAUGUCGAGAUAGUUAAUGCUCCACCCCCACCAAAAAUUUCUAAGUCAUCACAUCCAUCCACACCUCCACCACCAGAAAUUUCUAAACAACGCAGUCCUUCACCAACUAAAGGAGGUGCAACACAGACUUCUUUGUCUAUUGAAGAGACAAAUAAGUUACGCGCAAAAUUAGGUUUAAAACCAUUAGAAGUUGAUAGCACUCCUAAAGAUGAUCCAAAUAAGAUUAAAGAUGAUUUGGGAGAGUUUUAUCAUAAACCUGCUCCUGAUGUCAAUGAAAAGUUGAGGACACAGAAGUUGAAGGAGAAAAUUGGUACUCAGAAACAGAAAAGACAAAUUGAAGCCAAUUUAUCUAAGGUAAAAAGUUUAGGUGAAUGUGAGUCUGAUGAUGACACUAAAGCUUGGAUUGAUAAGACUAGACGUUUGGAGGAAGAAAAGAAAAAAGCUGAAGAAAGGGCAAAAAUGUUGGAUCAAUUAGAUGAAGAGUUUGGAAUUGGAAAUCUAGUGAAGGAGGAAAUACACACUGCACGUAACACAGCCUAUACUGAAAAAAAUUUAAAGGGUCUUAAAGUAGAGCAUAAUAUAGAAAAAUUUGAAGAGGGUAAAACAAUAAUCUUAACUUUAAAAGAUCAAGAAGUAUUGAAUGAUGGAGAAGAUGUACUUGUCAAUGUCAACAUAACUGACGAAGAGCGUUACCAACGUAAUAUAUUGAAUAAGACCAAGAAACCCGGAUAUGAUGCAUAUGAUGAUGACAAUUUUGAUGAAUAUGGUUUUCCAAAAAAGACUAUUUUGGAAAAAUAUGACGAAGAGAUUGAGGGUGAAAAAAAAGAUAAUUUCGUACUGGGACUGAAGCACAAAGAUAUCAACAAAUCAAAGCUUGAUUAUGUGAAGCAACGUUUGGCAAACAAACGAUUAGAAUCGUUACAAUUAAUAGAACCAAAGUUAGCUAGUGAGUACUACAAUGAUGAAGAACUUGCAAAGUUCAAGAAACCAAAGAAAAAGAUUCGUAAAAUGAGAAAAAAAUUGAAAGCAGAUGACCUUAUUCCUGAAGAUAAUGAUUAUCUUCGAGACUUGGGAAGCAGAAGAAGUAAACGACCAGAAGAAGUAAAAGAUAAUGACACUUUAGAUGUAGAUGAUUUAGGAGCUCCUGCCGAAGAUCUCAGUGGAGUAAAACUGGAAGACGAUGAUAAGGAUCUUGAACUACAAUUGACAUUAAAAAAAGCACAGCUCUCGAAGGAAAUGCAUUUGUCAAGUAUAGAAAAGGUUGUUGAAACUAUGAAACAAGAACCCACAAAUUCAGAAGAAAGUCAAUCCGGAAAUAUUGUACUGAAUGCUACCGCAGAGUUUUGCCGUACCUUAGGAGAUAUUCCUACUUAUGGUCUCGCUGGAAACAGAGAAGAAAAUGGUCAAGAACUUAUGGACUUUGAAAUGGACGGGAUCAAGGAAGAGCCGCCUAUGAAUGAAGAAGAAGAUGAUGGUCGUGGCGCUUGGAAUACUGUACAACUAGAUGAAAGUACAUCUGAACCGGUAGCAAUGGAAGCCGCCAUUUUGGAUGCCGAACCAUCUCUUGGGCAUGGCGUCGGCGGAGCUUUAAAACUUGCAAUGAGUAAAGGUUAUUUGCAAAAGGAAGACAGUAGUCGACCAUCCGCAUCUCGUUUUGCUCACUUGCAAGCACAGAAUUAUUCCAUAGAGGAUAAAACUUACGGAGAUGACGAAAAAUUUGGCAGAAGAGAUCGUUUCAACGGUCCCACCUCUGAAUUUAAAGAGAAAGAUGGUUUCAAACCGAAUGUUAAACUGGAGUAUAUCGAUGACGAUGGACAUGUCCUCAGCGCGAAGGAAGCAUUCAGAUAUCUUUCUCAUAAAUUCCAUGGAAAAGGUCCAGGGAAGAAUAAGGUUGAAAAACGAAUGAAGAAAGCAGAACAAGAAGUUCUAAUGAAACGGAUGUCCUCAACAGACACGCCGCUGGGUACUCUCAAUUUGUUGCAAGCAAAACAAAAAGAGACUCAGUCGCCCUAUAUAGUUCUCAGUGGCAGUAAACAAAUGCAAACGACUAGCAUAUCAAAGUCAAAGCAUUAAGAAUUUUAACGUGAACUUUUAUGAGGAUUGUAUAUAAUAUACAGACAAAAAGGAAUGUCUUAUCAGCACAUUUUGCAAACAAAAUAGAACAUUACUUGUCAAAAAGUGAAUUGCACAUUUUUUGAUUUGUUAAUUCACUUACAGUAUAAUGAAAUAAAAUAAAAUUUGCGGAUUUAUUA